AUGGCAGCCCCAAACACCAAUAGCCCGGCCCUGCAGGCUGCCAACAAGGCCAUGAUGACCCGUCUCGACCUUGACGGCCACGAUCUGCCUCCCUCACCCGCUCCCUCCAGCCCUCAUUCCGGCCGCCGCCGCUACGCCCUCGCCACCGAGCUCGUCUACACCGAGACCAAGGACCAGUAUGGCUCCUCGAGCAUCCCCAUCUACCAGUCUGCCACCUUCAAGCAGACGUCGUCCAGCGGCGGCAACGAGUAUGACUACACGCGCUCGGGCAAUCCCACGCGGACCCAUCUGGAGCGCCAUCUGGCAAAGAUCAUGAACGCGGGCCGUGUGCUGGCCGUCGGCUCUGGAAUGGGCGCCCUGGACGUCAUCACGCGCCUGCUGCGGCCCGGUGACGAGGUUGUCACCGGCGACGAUCUCUACGGUGGCACCAACCGGCUCCUUACCUACCUGAAAAACAACCAGGGUGUCAUUGUCCACCACGUCGACACGACAAACGUCGACAGUGUCCGCUCGGUCCUGUCGAGCAAGACGGCCCUGGUCCUGCUCGAGACGCCCACAAACCCCCUGAUCAAGAUUGCCGACAUCCCCACCAUCGCGAGGGCGGCCCACGAGGCAAGCGAGAAGUCGCUGGUGGUGGUGGACAACACAAUGCUCUCCCCCAUGCUUUUAAAUCCCCUGGACAUUGGUGCCGACAUCGUGUACGAGUCGGGCACCAAGUACCUGUCGGGUCAUCACGACAUAAUGGCCGGUGUCAUUGCGUGCAACGACCCCGAGCUAGGCGACAAGAUGUACUUCACCAUUAAUUCCACGGGCUGCGGUCUCUCGCCAAAUGACUCGUUUCUCCUCAUGAGAGGCGUGAAGACGCUAGCUAUCCGUAUGGAGAAACAGCAGGCAAACGCGCAGCGCAUCGCCGAGUUCCUCGAGUCGCACGGCUUCAAGGUUCGUUACCCGGGGCUGAAGUCACACCUCCAGUACGAUCUCCAUUGGUCCAUGGCCCGUGGCGCUGGCGCUGUGCUCUCGUUCGAAACGGGAGACGUAUCCGUGUCCGAGAGGAUAGUCGAGGCUGCCAGGCUCUGGGCAAUCAGUGUUAGCUUUGGCUGUGUGAAUAGUCUUAUCAGCAUGCCGUGCCGAAUGAGCCACGCCAGCAUCGAUAUUGAGACCAGAAAGGAGAGGCAGAUGCCUGAGGACUUGAUCCGCCUCUGCGUCGGCAUCGAAGACGUCGCCGACUUGAUCGAUGAUCUCUCGCGCGCUCUCGUCCAAGCUGGCGCUGUAACACUUACGAUAGACAGCUUCCACGCAGCUGAUGCGGAAUCGGACGAACUGCCGACUUUGGCUCAAGUCUAG